AUGUUGUUCGGUUAUUUUUUCACCUGGAGCAGCGGCAUGUUCUACCGGCGCGACUCUGAUAGUGUUUUGAAACCCGUCUUACAUUCGGUAGCCAGAGCGCAAAAGGGAAUAACCACAAACGAACGAUCAGUAGGUUUUGUGAGAGAAGGCUCUAGGACUACAAAAUCAAACGUCAAGCCUUACUCCAUCCUUAAAGCGGCGUCGGAUUGGACUAUAAUGAUGGACACGUAUGAAAAACAAUAUAAAAUCCCCGAGGAUAUUUGUGCGUCGGCCUCCAGACCGGAUAUAUUUUUGUUUUCGCGAAUUUUAAAGCGCGUAGUGAUGAUAGAGCUUACGGUCCCUUGGGAAACCAACAUCCCCAAAGACCAUACCAUCAAGGUCAACAAAUAUUACGAGCUCACAAACGAACUCACUCGAAAUAGGUUCGUAGUAGAUUUGUACGCGGUAGAGGUGGGAGCGAGAGGUAUAACAGCGAAAUCUCUCUAUAACCUACUAAAGGACUUGGGCUUGUCCAGAACUCACAUUAAUGCAUUCUUGGAACGUACAUCGAAGGCAGCCCUAGUAGGUUCUUUUCAAAUUUGGUUAGGUAGGGAGAGGAGCUUGGACAGUGGAGAUCUUCUGCCAGUGUCAUCAACUGUGAUGCCACUACCGUAUUAUUCUGUAUACGGAUUCGAAACGAAAUUCCUUCGAGACAAGAACAAUAAACGACCCCAAGGGAAAAUCUCUCUAGUAACAAAGCAACCAAAAUAA